AUGAUAAUGAUUACUAGAGCUGCAGAAAGAUUAUACAAAAAUCGGUAUCCUGAUCGUUCUUGUCCAGCACAUUCAAUAUUUUAUUAUUUAUAUAAAAAUCUUGAAGAACUUGAGAGCUUUACAAAACCAAAAAUUAGAGUUUCAAUUGUAACGAAUGGCAGCAAUUCUUUUUCCGUAUUGGCCAAAUUGAUUGAAAAUCCACAAAUAUCUUUAAGAACUGUAGCAGAUGAAUUAAAUAUGACAUAUUCUGCAGUUCAGAAAAUUGCUAAAAAACACAAAUAUCACGCAUACCUGGCCCAUCCUGUUCAGCAACUUCAAGCAAAUGAUUAUGAAAGGCGGCUUAAUUUUAUUGCUCAUUAUCGAUUACGAUUGGUAGAAAGGAGAGUAAGGAGAGAAACACAGCAGAUUAUAAAUGGCCACCAGGUUCGGAGAGCAAUAUUAACAAGUAGAGACACCAAUAACCAAUUACUAACUGCUGCACUUCAAAAUGUCAGAAAUGGCCGAUACGACAUUUCAGCAUUCCUUCGACGAGUUGCUCACUCUGCAAGUGGUUACUGGGAUCAACAAAUUGGCCAUUUACCAACGGAUGAGCAAUUAAAUGAUCAACCACCAAAUGCAUUGGUACUUAGACCUCUUCAACCACCAAAUGCAUUGGUACUUAGACCUCUUCAACCACCACAAUGCCAGUCAGGACGUAUAAUGCGUGGUGCUGGAAGGGGCAAACAUCAAGCCCGGGUACAAUCUGCUGUUCGACCCCCUGUUUUACAUGCAGCAAGAGGCCAGAGACGCCGAGGACGUCCCAAUACUAGCAGAAGGCUCCCUCCUCAUCAGAGAUUAAAUGAAGAAGCAAUGGAAGACAACAUAAUGGAAGUUCUACCGGAACCAGAAAUCGAAGUUGUGCAUUUUGAAGUAGUUGAAGCACUUACAGCUGAAAAUGAACAUUUAGAGGAUGAAAAUUUUGAGAUCGUGGUGGUUGGAACAGAUGCUGAAGAAUUGAACAUCAUCAAUUUGGAGGAUCAGACAUUACCACAAAUACUAGGCGAGGAAUAUGAUCGUUGUUUUGUUUGUUGGCAACGCAGAGCUGUCGUUGUAGGUAUAAAUAUUGUUCUGCCAUGUGGACACGGGUGGUGUUGUGAUGUGUGUGCUCGGCGAUUGUCCAAAUGUCCCGUCUGCAGGGCAGAAUAUCCAAGAACCCUAAAUAUAAAUAUUAUGUUGACAAGUUUUAAUAACGACUCAUGGAUACGCAACAUUAACAGCCUUUUAGACCCGACAGGCAGUAACUGCAUUUGUUGUGGGAGGGCUUAUAGGGACGCCCAAAAUGGCUCAAGGUAUGUGUACCUAUAUUGUGGACAUGGAUGGAGGUGCAUGGAUUGUACAAUCUCACUUCCAUACAAUUGUGAAGUAUGUGAUGAUACUGUGGAUGGUGUUGCACAAAUGUUCAUAAGCUGAUUGCUGAUCAAUUUAUAAUAAUAUAUAAGUUUGUAUUUUUUUUCGACUUCAUUGAGCCAUUUACCUAUUAGUAGUUUUUUUUUUUUUUUUAUAAUAAACAUUAUUCUCUAACUAAAAUCAUUACUUUUCGUUUACUAUUUUAAAAUACCUAUAUUUAUUAGUGUGAUGGUAAUUUGGUCAACAAUAUAAAAAUAAGUAGGUAUAAUAUAAUAUUUAGUAUUAGUAUAUAUAAGUAUUAUAUAAGUAUUCAAUAUUUAAGUAUUAUAAAAUAAAAUAAGUAUAUGAAUAAAUAUAAAAAUGUAGAAAAAAUUUACGAUCAAAUAAAACUGGAAUAUUACAAUUUUAGUUUAUUAAUUUUAAGACAGAUUUCCUGACAAAAACCUAUUUAUGAAUAAUUAUAUUUUUUAUAAUUUAUCAUUAACUUUUCUUUAAUACAGAAAUUUAGCAAAUUAUACUUAUCUUAGUAGGUAGAUAUUUUAUUUAUGCUU